UCUUCUUCUUCUUCUUCAGUUAGAAGCUUUUGUAAGAGUAAAGAACCAGAGAGAAGCCAUGUCUGUAAAACUAAUCUUAUCUUCAUCAAUCCUUCUGAUUUUCUUCGCGGCGGCUGCGACUAAAGAGAUCAGAUUCGAUGAAUCAAAUCCAAUCAAAAUGGUCUCCGACAAUCUCCAUGAGCUUGAAGACAACGUCGUUCAGAUCUUAGGCCAGUCCCGUCAUGUUCUCUCCUUUUCUCGCUUCGCUCACCGGUAUGGGAAGAAGUAUCAGAGUGUGGAAGAAAUGAAGUUAAGAUUCUCUGUUUUUAAAGAGAAUCUUGAUUUAAUCAGAUCCACUAAUAAGAAAGGCUUAUCUUAUAAACUCUCUCUUAAUCAGUUUGCUGAUUUGACAUGGCAAGAGUUUCAAAGAUAUAAGCUUUCUUCUUCUUCUCCUUGUCCUGUGAAAGAGCAAGGACAUUGUGGAUCUUGUUGGACAUUUAGCACGACGGGAGCUCUUGAAGCAGCUUAUCAUCAAGCAUUUGGAAAAGGAAUAUCUUUGUCCGAGCAACAGCUUGUGGAUUGUGCUGGAACUUUUAAUAACUUUGGUUGUCAUGGUGGACUUCCUUCUCAAGCCUUUGAAUACAUUAAAUACAACGGUGGGCUCGAUACAGAGGAGGCUUAUCCUUACACAGGAAAAGACGGUGGCUGCAAAUUUUCAGCGAAAAACAUCGGUGUACAAGUCCUUGACUCUGUUAACAUUACCCUGGGUGCAGAAGAUGAACUGAAGCACGCGGUCGGGUUGGUAAGGCCAGUGAGUGUGGCGUUUGAGGUUGUACAUGAAUUUCGGUUUUACAAGAAGGGAGUUUUUACUAGCAAUACUUGUGGAAACACUCCAAUGGAUGUAAACCAUGCAGUGUUAGCAGUUGGUUAUGGAGUUGAAGACGACGUCCCGUAUUGGCUUAUAAAGAACUCAUGGGGAGGUGAUUGGGGAGACAAUGGCUAUUUCAAGAUGGAAAUGGGAAAGAACAUGUGUGGUGUUGCAACAUGUUCAUCGUAUCCGGUUGUGGCCUGAGGCUGAUGUUUCAGCGCGUUUACAAGGGACUGAGGCUUUUGGGUGUUCAAUUUUGGGAUGAAUGGUUGAAUUUGUCGUGAACUUACAUCACUUGGGACUCGGGAGUUAUAUUUUUUUACGUGUAUGGUGCUUAAUGCUUAUGUUUCCAAAUAAUAUCAUGGACACUCGACAGAAUAAAAGAAAACUAUUUCUAGAUAAUGUCAA